AGGGCGGGGCCCGCGCCGGGAUUUCCCCUGGGUUGAGCUGCGCAGGGAAGCGGCGGGGUUUUGGCCAAAUUGGGCGAGGGCACAAAGUAACCACUUACCCCUUCUCACCGAGGAAGAGAGGGAGAAAGGGUAUGGCACAGUCACAAGGGUGGGUGAAAAGAUACUUCAAGGCCUUUUGUAAAGGCUUCUUUGUGGCAGUACCUGUGGCAGUGACUUUCUUGGAUCGAGUUGCCUGUGUGGCAAGAGUGGAAGGAGCAUCAAUGCAGCCUUCUUUGAAUCCUGGAGGGAGCCAGUCAUCUGAUGUGGUACUUUUGAACCACUGGAAAGUGAGAAAUUUCGAAGUACAACGUGGUGACAUUGUUUCAUUGGUGUCUCCUAAAAACCCAGAACAGAAGAUCAUUAAGAGAGUGAUUGCUCUUGAAGGAGAUAUUGUAAG